GGCGGUGGGAAGCUACAUCCAGGAAGGAGUGGUGAUAUGGCUGCUGAUGAUAAGUCGUCCACCUCGUCCUCCACCCUGGAGUGGAACACUGAUGUGCCUCUUCCACCUGCAAGUCCCUCCCACCUGACACACUUCAAGCCACUGACACCUGAACAGGAUGAGCCUCCGUUGCGCUCUGCCUACAGCUCCUUUGUCAGCCUUUUUCGUUUCAGUAAAGAUGAGAACCGCCCACCCCCAGUGGCAGAGAAGACAGACGCCACAAUGAGCUCCCCUAAAGGGCAGAGGGAUACCUGGGGUAGCCCCUCGCACUCCAUCCACACAUCUGGGAGCACUCACCGGAAGCAUCCCCCCGAACUGCUGCGACGCACUUCCACAGCAUCUGAGGGACGCAGGAAGUCGGAGGCGCCGCUGGGAAAUCACGACCCCCGUACCGCUGUGCAGCUUCGCACCGCCCUGAAGCGUCUAAAAGAAAUCAUGGAAGGCAAGAGUCAGGAUAGUGACCUGAAACAGUACUGGAUGCCAGAUAGUCAGUGCAAGGAGUGCUAUGACUGCAAUGAGAAGUUCACUACCUUCCGACGUCGCCAUCACUGCCGUCUGUGUGGCCAGAUCUUCUGUAGCCGCUGCUGUAGCCAGGAGAUCCCUGGAAAGUUCAUGGGCUACACUGGAGACCUGCGGGCGUGCACGUAUUGCCGCAAGAUUGCUCUGAGCUAUGCUCACUCAGCUGACUCAAGCUCUAUCGGUGAGGACCUGAGUGCCCUGUCAGAUUCUCCAUGCUCCGUGUGCGUGCUGGAACCCAGUGAGCCACGCACGCCGAUCGGGGGUCGCAAGGCGAGCCGUAACAUCUUUCUGGAGGAAGACCUUGCUUGGCAGAGUCUCAUCCACCAGGAGUCUCAGAGCAGUGGCCUCAGUUCCAGGCUGGCUGCAGUGCAGGAGGAUGUUGGAAAAUCUCCAGCAAGGAAAAGGUCAGCCAGCAUCACCAACCUGUCCCUCGACCGCUCGGGUUCUUCCAUGGUUCCCUCAUAUGACAGCUCCGUUAGCCCUCAGACAAGCCGCGCCAUGCUGAAGCCAGACCACAGCGAGGAGGAACGCAAGAUCCUGCUGGACUCAUCACAGCUGAAGGACUUGUGGAAGAAGAUCUGCCAUAAUAACACAGGAAUGGAGUUCCAGGACCAUCGCUACUGGCUCCGAACCUACCCCAAUUGCAUUGUUGGAAAAGAGCUUGUCAAUUGGCUGCUGCGGAACGGUACCAUCUCCACCAGGGCUCAAGCUAUAGCUAUAGGACAGGCGUUAGUAGAUGGGCGCUGGUUGGACUGCGUCACUCAUCAUGACCAGCUGUUCCGGGAUGAGUAUGCUCUCUAUCGCCCCCUACAGAGCACAGAGUUCUCAGAGACUCCGUCCCCGGACAGUGAUAGCAUCACUUCCCUGGAGGGGCACUCUGAACCCUCCUGGUUUAAGGACAUCAAAUUUGAUGACAGUGACACAGAACAGCUGGCAGAUGAAAGCGACUACGUUAUACCCAACUCUGCCAGCCCCAGUAAAAGAACCUCAGUGAGUAGCUUCCAUUCUGCAGUGGACAGUGACUCUGCUGCAUCCAUCAACCUCAAUGUGGAGCAGGACAACGUCAAUUUCCAUAUCAAAAAACAGUCCAAGUACCCCCAUGUGCCUCCGCUCCAGCCCGAGCAGAAAGCUGAGUUCCUGGUGUCAGAGGAUGGAGGCCAGCAGUUUUCCAUCAGUGAUGCCUUUAUCAAAGAGUCACUGUUUAAUCGGCGUGUGGAAGAAAAGGCAAAGGAAAUGCUGUUCACCCCAUUGGGUUGGCACCACAGCUCUCUUGACCAGUUAAGGGAGGAGAAUGGGGAGAAGAAGGCAAUGGAGAGGCUUCUCUCAGCCAACCACAGUCACAUGAUGGCGCUUCUGCAGCAGCUUCUGUACAGCGAGUCACUCUCGCUCUCCUGGCGUGACAUCAUCGUACCUGUGGUGCGGCAGGUGGUGCAAACCGUGCGCCCAGAUGUGCGCAGCUGUGAUGAUGACAUGGAUAUCCGGCAAUUCAUCCACAUCAAGAAGAUUUCAGGUGGAAAGAAGUUUGACUCCUCUGUGGUUAAUGGUUUUGUUUGCACCAAGAAUAUUGCUCAUAAAAAGAUGAACUCUUACAUUAAGAACCCCAGGAUCUUGCUGCUGAAGUGCUCCAUCGAGUACCUUUAUAGAGAAGAGACAAAAUUUUCUUGCAUUGACCCCAUCGUACUGCAGGAAAGGGAGUUCCUCAAGAACUAUGUCCAGCGCAUUGCAGACCUGCGGCCCAGCCUGGUGCUUGUGGAAAAGACAGUGUCUCGCAUCGCGCAGGACAUGCUUCUGGAGCACGGCAUCAGUCUGGUCAUCAACGUUAAGCCACAAGUACUGGACAAGGUGAGCCGCAUGACGCAAGGGGACCUUGUGAUGUCCAUGGACCAGCUGCUCACCAAGCCCCGUCUGGGUACCUGCCACAAGUUCUAUCUGCAUGCCUUUCAACUGGCCAACACAGAUGAGACGAAGACUCUUAUGUUCUUUGAGGGCUGCCCUCCACAAUUGGGCUGCACUGUCAAACUGCGGGGGGCCUCUCAAUAUGAGCUAGCACGUGUCAAGGAUAUCAUCAAGUUCAUGAUCUGCGUGGCCUACCACUCACAGCUAGAGAUCUCCUUCCUCAUGGACGAGUUUGCAAUGCCACCCAUUCUGGUGAAGAGCACCUCUUUUCCCUGCCUUCUGGAGAGCACUGAGGGAGAAGAGAAGGAAGAGGAGAAAGAACCUACCAUUGACCAAAGCCCACCUCUCCAGGUAGGCGAUAUGGAGUUGGGGCUCCAGGAACAGGGCAUCCCACUGGAGAGAUCGCCUGCUCUGUCGCAGUCUUCGCUGAAAGAAGGGGAAAGCCCCAGAGCCAACAAGGACGACUCCUCUGGCUCCUUCCCUGAGGGUCAGGGAGCUGAGCAGGAUGUGGUGACCUCCACACCGAUCUCCUGCCCCCCACUUCAUGUUCCUCAUGUGGCUCCACCCUUCCUUUUGUCUGACCUGGAAGCGUGUCCAGAGGAGAGUAAGGAUGUGCUCUUUCGGGGAGACUCGCACGAGAGCUCAGGUUCGGAGACGCCGCCGCCCCAGCUCUUCAGGGACCCCUUGCAGGAUGACACAGGCAUGUUUGUCACAGAGCAGGUGACUUCAUCUGAUGACCGCCUCAAGUCUUUCUCAGUGGCCUUCAAACAAGAGCUCAAGGACAUCAUCCUGUGUAUCUCACCCUUCAUCUCCUUUAAGGAGCCCUUCCUGCUUACCCCGGCGGGCCUCCGUUGUCCCAGUCGUGACUACUUCCCAGAGCAGGUCUACCUUUCCCCACUUCUCAAUAAGGACUUCAGGGAGCUGGACGGACGUCGCAAAAGACACCUGCUGAAAGAAUCUGCGCCACUGGUGGCCAAUGGUGUCGCUCCACUUGCACGCUCCAUCCAGGUGCUGCCAUCCCAUCAGCUCAUCAGUAUGCGCAUUGCUGAACCCCUCGGCAGCAACCAGGACCUCGCCAAGAUGCUGGCUGACUUCCGAGCCAAAGGGGGUCGCAUCCAGCAGAAAAACAUUGAUCCAUUUUCUAUGGCAAAAGAAGGCCCGUCAAAGGCCGCCAUGAAGGCAGACAGCGAAGAGGACCGUGGUCAACCGCAGAACGACGUUGCAUGGGCAACGAGGAUGGACUGUCUGAAUCCAGCCAACCACCAGCGCCUCUGUGUGCUCUUCAGCAGCUCAUCUGCCCAGUCCAGCAAUGCCCCCCACCCCUGUGUUAGCCCAUGGAUUGUGACAAUGGAAUUCUAUGGGAAGAAUGAUUUGACCCUUGGAGUAUUUUUAGAAAGAUAUUGUUUCAGGCCUUCCUAUCAGUGCCCCAGCAUGUUCUGCGAGACUCCCAUGGUGCAUCACAUCCGGCGCUUUGUACACGGCAAUGGCUGUGUGCAGAUUGUCUUGAAGGAGCUGGACUCGCCAGUGCCAGGCUACGAGCAGACUAUCCUCAACUACUCCUGGUGCCGCAUCUGCAAGCAGGUGACACCAGUGGUCCCCCUUUCCAGUGACUCCUGGUCCAUGUCCUUUGCCAAAUACCUGGAGCUGCGCUUUUACGGGCACCAGUACACUCGGCGUGCAAAUGCUGAGCCCUGUGGUCACUCUAUCCAUAAAGACUACCACCAGUACUUCUCCUACAACCAGAUGGUGGCUUCCUUUAGCUACACCUCUGUGCGGCUGCUGGAGAUCUGCCUCCCCCCUCCCAAGAUCUGCAUCAAGAACCAAGGGCCCUCCAAGUGUAGCCUACUGCAGGACAUCAAAGACUUCUCCCAGAAGGUAACUCAGGUUUACCUAGCAAUUGAUGACAGACUCACCUCACUUAAAACAGACACCUUCAGCAAGACGCGUGAGGAAAAAAUGGAGGACCUUUUUGCUCAGAAAGAUAUGGAGGAGGCAGAGCUACGUAGCUGGAUCGAGAAACUGCAGGCGAGGCUGCUCUCCUGUGGCCUGGACUCCCCUCAGCAGCUACAGGCUUUGCUGGAGUCUGUGGUGGUCAAGAAGCAGGGUUUGUGCGAGACUCUUCAAUCCUGGAACAGCCGGCUUCAGGACCUCUUCCAGCAGGAGAAAGGCCGGAAGCGUCUGUCUGUUCCGCCAAGCCCAGGCCGACACAGGCAAGCGGAUGACAGCAAGACGAGUGCCUUGGAGUCUUCACCUCGUAACCCUUCUCCCAUGGUGCAAAACGGAGAAAAGGAGGAUCGUCAUAUGAGCACCCUGCCAUCAGGUUCUGGAUCAUCUUCACUGCUGCAGCUGCCCUCCCCUGGGGAGUUUGGCUCAGAGCUGGUCUCAUCUGGACCCUCCUUCCCAGACCAGGACUCCGUCAGCAUCCCAGAGGAUGUGUUUGAUGGACACCUGUUAGGUUCCAGCGAUAGCCAGGUAAAGGAGAAGUCCACCAUGAAAGCGAUUCUGGCGAACCUGUUACCUGGCAGCAGCUACAAUCCCAUUCCUAUCCCAUUUGACCCAGACAAACACUACCUGAUGUACGAACACGAGAGGGUGCCCAUCGCUGUCUGUGAGAAAGAGCCCAGCUCCAUUAUUGCCUUUGCCCUCAGCUGUAAGGAGUAUAAGACAGCUCUGGAAGAGCUUUCGAAAACCACGGUGAAGACUGCGGGAGAGGAGAUUGCCCCGUCCAACAGUACUGCGGAGAACAGGCUGAAGAACAGUCCGGCCAAAUCCACUGAAGUGGCAGCCUCCCAAAUCACUCGUUCCAGCAUGGAAACGGAUCCACUCAAAGAGACAGAUGGAGGGGACAAGCAGAAAAAGCAGGCGGGAAACCCCCAUAUUGAGCUGCAGUUCUCUGAUGCCAAUGCUAAGUUCUACUGCCGUGUUUACUACGCUGAGGAAUUUCACAAGAUGCGGGAGGAGAUCAUGGAGAGUACCGAGGAGGACUUUGUGCGCUCGCUGUCACACUGUGUCAACUGGCAGGCUCGCGGGGGCAAGUCAGGAGCUGUCUUCUAUGCCACUGAAGAUGACCGCUUCAUCCUGAAGCAGAUGCCAAGGCUGGAGGUGCAGUCUUUCCUUGACUUUGCCCCCCACUAUUUUACCUACAUCACGGGGGCUGUCCACCAGAAGCGGCCAACUGCACUGGCCAAGAUCCUGGGUGUCUACCGGAUCGGCUACAAGAAUUCGCAGAACAACACAGAGAAGAAGCUGGAUCUACUAGUGAUGGAAAAUCUGUUCUAUGGGCGGAAAAUGGCGCAAGUAUUUGACCUAAAAGGCUCCCUGCGCAACCGCAACGUGAAGACAGACUCGGGCAAGGAGAGCUGUGAGGUUGUGCUCUUGGACGAGAACCUGCUCAAACUGGUCCACGACAAUCCACUGUACAUCCGCUCCCACUGCAAGGCUAUCCUGCGUGCAGCCAUUCACAGUGACGCCUACUUCCUGUCAAGCCACCUCAUCAUUGACUACUCGUUGCUGGUGGGUCGCGACGAUGCCACUGGCCAGCUGGUGGUGGGCAUCAUUGAUUACAUUCGGACUUUCACGUGGGACAAGAAAUUGGAGAUGGUGGUGAAAUCCACUGGAAUCCUCGGUGGUCAAGGGAAGAUGCCCACAGUAGUGUCGCCAGAGCUGUAUCGUGCCCGUUUUUGUGAAGCCAUGGACAAAUACUUCCUCAUGGUACCGGACCACUGGACGGGGCUGGGGGUGAACUGCUGAAGACCACCUCUCCAGGCUCACCUCGCUGAGCGUGACCAAGAACAACACCACAUGAUCCUCUGCUCUGCCAGCUGAGAAGCACAUUGAGUUCAAAGCUUAUUGAAUGAUUUAACUAACAGUAGCACUGUAUAGAUUUAAAACAAAAAAGACAAAAAAAAAUUAGGAACAUUCCAAAACAGGCUGGCAGGACCAAGUUGGCCUUUUUUUAAUUUAAAUGCACAGUCAGAAGGCAGGUGCCUUUUUAUCUGUGGGACAAACAUGUCUGUAUAGAGUGAGAUGUGGCUGCUGGAGAGCUGAGCUGACAAGUCAGUUAAAGUAGACAUGGGUGUUACCAUAGCGAUCAGCACUGGAAGGCAUGUAAAAAAAAUAAUCUGACAUGGUGUAAAAGUUUCUUGUUAAUGUACAGAUGUAAUUAAAGAUUAACAGAUGUUUUCACCCCUACCGCGUGAGCCCGUUUUAUUUUGAUCAUCUUCCCGCUGCCUGUGCAGUUUCUUCAGAAGGAACCCCAGCUACUUUCACACUAAUUGUCUGGAAAGAUCUCUCUUCGGUGUAUUGAACUGAGCUUUGUAAGUAGCAGUACGUUAACAGAUUUUGUAUUAAAAAAAAUUUGCCGAUGUCAUGUACCAAGUCGUCUACACCAUCUACAGCAGUGUGUGCGUAACAGUGGACAUGGCUUGGAGUAUAAAAGAGGACACAGACUGCUUCACACAUCUGUUAGUUUAUAUAUAUAUAUAAAAAAAAAAAGGAACAAACAUGUCUGACAAAAGCUCUUUGUAUUUUCUAGUGUGCCCGGAACUGACACAUCUAGGGCUCAGUCAUUGGAUUGUCAUCAUCGCCACUGCCUGCUGUGAGAUAAUACAGGCAGCCCUCCUCGAACUCUGUUAUUUCAACCAAAUAAUAAACUUCAUUUCUGUGCUGAUGAAAAUAAUGCACACUUCAAAGAUUGAAAAGCAUUGAACUAGUUUCUGUUUUAUAGGGAGAUGUAUGUACAGAAUAUAAAACCAGGAUAAUUUUUUUUUUUUUUUUUUUUUUUUAACUCAUUGGAAAGAUGAAAAUGUUCCCCUGACUUUUUUUUUUUCUGGUCUAAAAACCACCAAAUUUAAAUCGUACCCAGUGAUUUUUUUUUUUUUUUUUUUUUU